ACGAGAAGGAAUGCGAGGAAUGCAUAGACAUUUUGAAAGAACUCGAAGAGAUCGAUGAAGAAGCUGAUUUGUUUGGGAUCGGCUUUGUUAAAGUAAGCGACCCAGCUUCGGCUGUCAAGUGGGGAGUUCACAGUGUUCCGACCCUGGCCUAUUUCAGGAAGAGAGUACCAGUUUUCUAUGAAGGUUCCUUAAGCGAUCCGGAAAGAGUUUUAAAUUGGCUAACUAGUCAAGAUAUAAUCGAACUGAAAAAUGAAAUUGAAGAAGUUAGCAGAAAAAUGCUCGACAAGCUCUUACAAGAAAAUGAUUUUAUUGCAAUAUUCUUUUAUGAUGGAGAUUGCCCAGCAUGCGAUGAAGCUCUUCGUUCUUUGGAAGAAAUAGACGACGAGAUAGAUGAAUUAGAUAUACUAUUUGUCAAAAUCAAGGAUGCUCGCUACGCUCGGAAAUACGGAGUUAAAAAUUUGCCAUCUUUAACUUAUUUCCGCAAAAGAUUUCCGACUGCUUACCAUGGUAAUCUGACAGACACAGGUGAAGUUUUAAACUGGUUAAAGAAGAACCGAUAUCGCAGUCGAGAGUUAAACCUUUUUAUGUUUGCCAUCAUAGCAAUGGGUGCAGUUUUCAUCCAAUACACCUGUUUCUUGAAAUUCUGUUUCGGACCUAUGGUGGAAAAACAGAGCUAGCAUACUAAACAAAUUAAAUAAUAAUAAUAAUUAUAUAGAAAGAAUAUUUAGCCUAAGGAAGAAUAUUAUAUAAGCCCAGGCUGACCAUAUUUCCUUCACACAAAAGCGGGACGCAGCACGAGGGGGACGAGGAUUCAUCAAAGAGAAAUGUUAGAAAAUGUUUAAUGAUACACUAUCAUUAAACUUACUAUGCUAAUUUAUAUGCAACAAUUUUGCCGCAAUUUGAAGAUUUGUUUUACCGGUAAAAAAAAGUUAAAGUAAUUGUUCAACUGCAAAAGAUUUUGAUGUGGCGAACCCCCCACCAAUUCUGUGUUUUAAACAGCAACGAGUUUUAAGUGAAUUUAAAAAAAGACCUACUUUAAAAACAAUGUAGCAACCAGCAAUGAUAUGAAAUUUCCAAUUUUGCCAAUAUGAAUUAAAGAUUUAUCAUCUCUGGUAAGAAAGAAUGGUUACUCCUUACGUAUAUUUUAUGCAGAUUUUUCGUUUGAAAUCAUAUGCUUUAAAUGCACAAUUCAGGAAAAAGCGAAGUGUAAUAGGGUGCCUCUAGAAAUAAAUAAAAUUCUUUCCAUAUUUUACGAUCAGAUGAACACAAUACAGGUGAAAUUAAAGGAGCCUAUGUGUGACAGAUCCUAUAGAUGUUAUUAAUUGAUAUAGAGGUUUUCCUGUUUUUAACGUUACUUGUGUAUUAAAUUGAAUUGCAUUUUAAAAACCAUUUCGCAAAUAUAUCUACAAAACUCUUAUUUUAGUGAUUCUAUAUUUUUUCACAAAAAUAUGUUAAUAGUGCCAAGUAAAUGACCAAUUCUAGUUUACCAUGUAUAGUCAAAAUUUAAUAUGCUAUUGUCAAUCAUAUGUGUUUUUAAAUACCAAAUUUCAGAUGUUUUGGAUUAUAUUCUGAUAUUUUUUCACGAAAAUCUGUUCGGUUUAAAAACACUGUUUCACUUUCAGUUUAUCCAUUUUAGCCAAAAUCUAGUAUGUUGUUCCCAUCGAUAUAAAAGUCUGAAAUACUAAAAUUGAAAAGCUUUCGAUUUUAUUUUAAUAUAGCUUUUCAUUAAAAUUGUUGUGGUCUUAAAGAAAGUGUCACUUUCUGUUGCCCAAUUUUAAUCAAAAUCUAAUCAGCUCUUUACAUAAAUGCGGAAAGCUUAAAUACGAUGAACAGAAAUUUUCAGAACUUUGCUAUAAGAGUCAUCCUGGACGAAAUAAUCUUCCCACCCACAUACACACAGAGAUACGGACAUAUGUCAUUGUUAAUGUAAUCCAAACUAUUGUAGGGUCGUAAUUUGUGCUUAUUGAUUGAAAAAUAUAGAAUUUUAAAAUGUGCUAAACUUUUAACUAGUCAAACUCCCUGUAGAAUGUUUGAAGCGAAAACAUUACUUCCCUUUCCUAUAUGUAUAAGUUACUGAAAAGUAAAAAUUACUUAUUAAAUACACUGUAAUUAGGUAUUUAUUCCAAAAUUCAAUCAACAGCUACUUACAAAUUGGAUUUUAUUUCUUUUGUUUCGGCGGAAAUUUCGUGGUUCUCUUAAAAACAAAUUCAAAACAUUCUUCUUUUUAGCAAUUUUAUGGCCAAAUAAUGGCGCUUUCCAUUUCCAGAAAAUUCAUCGCAGUUUUUUCCGUUACUUCCAAAUUCUACAAGCGCUUAUUUUAAAAUUGAUAAUAAGGCCAAAACGUAUGAAAAUGGUUUGAAUUAAAAAAACGCGUAAGAAAAUGGCGACUUGGUUGACGAAGAAUUGUUAUAAGCAUGGAGGUAAGAAAGAGCUUCUGACUUCCUGCCUGCAUGGUUAUAAGUAUGAUUGCCAGAAGAUUGGUUUUGUGCAGGGUUGCCAGAGUUUGGCGCAAACUGAAAAUUUGGCGAUUUCUAAUAAGAUGGUUGCGACGAUACGUAAAUACCCAUAUUUCUACCAUGAACAGUCAACGAUGAUGAAAUGUCCUAAUCUACCUCUUUUGAAGAAUGAUAUUUACUUAAAUUUAAAUCUUUACCGUAAUUUGAAUAUGAAUUCUCUUGAAUAUUAUCUUCUCUCUCUCUCUCUUUUUUUUUUUUUUUUUUUUUUCCUUAUAGGGAUGCUGUAUGAAUUACAUUGGAAUGAGAAUGGGAGAUUUAAAAAAUAGAGAAUAAAUCUAACUUGAAAGUCAUAUAGAUAUUUUGAGACUUGGCGAUAAGAUUAAGCGAAUCAAAAACUUCACUGCGCACGAUGUCAAAACAUUGUUAAACAUUAGUAAAGAAUGAUCAGCUGAGUGCGUCCACUCCACAUAUAUUUUUUUCUCUUCGCAUUUUCUUUAAUUACGCUAGUAAAAUAAUAGUAACUAAUAUUGCAUUAAAGUUUGCAGGUUAAAGUUUUGCAAUGUAUCAAUAAUGCAAUUAGAGCACCAUUUAUAGAUUAGAAUAUGCUAUUAACUAAUUAAUUAAAAUCAUUAUGAUAUUGACUAUAAAUCAAAUCGAAUUACCAUUUUUUUUUUUAGCCGAGCUGAGCAAAAUUCAUGAUUUGUACGCCUGAAUAAUUUAUAAAAGCAGGGAUCGCCCUGCUUUGGAAAAUU